ACGGGUCAGGCCCAUAAAAGCGCGCGUGGCAGCCCGCUCCCGCAGCCUCGCCAUGUCGCUGCCGCCGCUGCUGCUGCUGGCCCUGGCCCUGGUGGCCGCCCCGGGCGCCCGAGGCGCCUGCCCUGCGCCCGCCGACCUUAAGAAGGAGGACGGCACGCGCACGUGCGCCAAGCUCUACGACAAGAGUGACCCCUACUACGACAACUGCUGCGCGGGCGCCGAGCUGUCGCUGGAGCCCAACACCGACUUGCCCUACCUGCCCUCCAACUGGGCCAACACCGCGUCCUCGCUGGUCGUGGGCCAGCGCUGUGAGCUCACCGUGUGGUCCAAGAAAGGCAAGGAGGGCAAGACGCGCAAGUUCUCGGCCGGCGCCUACCCGCGCCUCGAGGAGUACCGCCGCGGCCUCUUCGGGGACUGGAACAACGCCAUCUCCGCGCUCUACUGCAAGUGCUCCUGAGGCCCUGAAAGACCACCACCUGCGACCACACGCAGCGCUGAGCCCCAUCCCUGCCCGUCCCCGGUGUCUGCUGCAGCCCCGGGGGCAAAGGACUUCCUGCCGCCCCCACUCUGCCUUCCCUGAAAUACAGCCCCUGUGA